AUGUCACAAAAAUCAACGCUGUUCUUAUGGUCUAAUACACAAAUAAAAUUAUCCCGUAUAAUUACAUCAGAAAUCUCAGCACCGAAAGGUUUUGAUCAUAAACGACAAGCUUAUAACCAUGUGCGUCAUUUGUUUGUUAAAUACAAUGAUUUAUUAAAAAGACUAGACGAAGUAUACGUGACAAUAUUACAUCCGCAAAAGCGUUUGAUUCUAAAAAUUCUACUCGAUGGUCUAGUUGGACGAUUGAUUGAAUUGAAACAGGAAAUGAUGAAGUUCGAUGGAUGUGAAUACACCUAUUUUGAAGAUAUUGCACUUAAUCAUAAUAAAACACUGGAUGAUUUGUGCAUUGAAAUCCCACGUUAUUUCGCACAGGAUCGUUUUCAAGCCAUUGAACAACGAAACCAAAUGAUCAAACUAAUCCUCGAUCGUUUGGAACAAUCGAAGAAGGAUUAUCUUCCAAGAAACUCUUUAUUAAUAGCACUAAAGUCAGAUCAGAUUGAUACAAUCACAUUAGCUCAUGCUGUACGUGUUAUACAAGCUCAUGAACGUGCUCGGCAAGGACGUGUGCACGCACACUUCAUGCGACAAAUGAAAAAGGACGUGAAAACAGUUGAAACGAAGGCAUUCAAUGAUAAUAAUCUCAGUGACAGUUGUUUAAUUAUUCAAACUAUAUGGAGACAGAAAAAUGCAGAAAAAAGAUUUCAUCAGAGAAAACUUGAACAUGUCAAACUGUUGGACAUGGUUUUACCUGGAAGAAAUCCCUCGAGCGAUAAUCGUACGACUGACUGGGAUCAAACCAGACGAAAUAUUCAGAUAGAAUAUCAACAAGAAUUAGACGAAGCACCAGAUCAUAUCAAACUGAAACUGAGCCAAUAUGAAGAAACAGAAAUGAAACUACGGUUAGAACAUAUCCUUAUUCAAUGGUUACUUGAAUCACGACAACUCUAUGGACAAUUCCCGAUCUAUCCAUCUGGAGAUAUCAACGGAUCUGCGACGCUAUUCAAAAACCUAACUAUGACGGAAGUUCAAGAAUUCGUGACUAAACAAGCACAAGCAUUGAAAAACAAGAAAUCCAAGCGAAAGGGGAACAAAAAACAGCUGAAAAAAAACAACAAGAAACCAAUUAAACAAAAAACACAAUUGAAUACGUUAGAACCCUCAAAAUUCGUUCCGAUGAUAAAUAAUCAAUUAGGUGUUUACAAAGAUCUUUUCUAUGAACGAGAUGAGUCUUACAAUAGUGAACAACGGUACGAUCGAUUGUUAUUAAUGGAUGAGUUUCGACCGGCAGUAGAAGAAGAACUACGGCAUGAUGUCGAUAAUAUUCUUCGCAAUGAAUUAGUCUAUCUGAAAUUAGCUAUUGAUAAUACUGAAGAUAAGCCAAUGAAGAAAUCAAAGAAGAAGAAGAAGAAGAAAAAAAGGCAAAGAAAGAAGAAAGGGAAAGAUUUAGUUUCAAACCGAACACUCGAUUCAAUCUUCGAAGAACUUGUGGAAACGAAGAUCAUUCUACCAACUGAGCUCGUUCGUCAACAUGAUUUUAUCGGCGAUUAUCAAUACUCAGCGGAAACUAUACGUUUUAACCAAAAAGAACCGAUGCCAUCGUUACUCGACUGUCAGCAACUAGUUAAUUUACAAAUCGUUUUUCCACUUUGUAACAAUAUGAACGUGAUUUUUUCCGCUCAACUUAUACAUUCUACCCAGAUAGGCUCGCAGGAAGUGCAUUUGAAUCUCGCACCAUACAAAGCUAUACUUCUGGCUGGACCACAUGGCAGCGGAAAGGAAUUAUUAGUGCAUAUUGCAUGCAACGAAUUAGGUGGUCUACUACUCGAUCUUUCACCUGCUAAUCUGAUGAAAUCCUUUAAUACAUCUGAUGGUUUAAAAAUACUCUUCGCAAUGAUUAAACGAUUGGUAUUAACAAUGUCUCCAAUCCUUUGUAUGAUUCGCGACACCGAACUACUUUUUUCAAAAAAGCUUACACAACAGGAAAAACAGUACGAACCAAAACGAUUCAAACGACUCAUACAGCGAUUUAUCAAACGAAUCAAACCUGGCGAGCGAAUCAUGUUCAUUGGUCUCUCAUCACAGCCAUAUCGUGCUCGAAUAAAACCUCUUUUUCAAAUCUAUCAAAAUAUUGUUCUCUUUCCGAAACCUAACUAUGGUUCUCGGCGUAGAAUUUGUUAUGAAAUUUUAGUUGAACGAAAUCAUAUGAAUAUCACUGAUGUAGAGCUCAGUAUCUUGGCGUCGAUUUCAAAAGGUUAUACAGCUGGACAACUUCUCGAAGCGAUCUACAAAGUGCUCAAAAUGAAACAGAAAACUAAAUAUGUGAAUAACGAUUGUACAGCAAAGGAUUUUAUUCCGAUACUUGGCUUGAACACGCCAGUUUUUAUUGAUGAAGAAAAUAAAAUAAAAAAUUGGUAUGCUAAAACACCCAAUGGUGUUAAACGGUUGAAAGAGAUGGCUCAAACACCGACGAAAACAAAAAAAUCUUCAUUAAAAAAAUGA